AAGUGUUGCUGCCUCGACUCGUCGCCGGCCGCGCGCACGCAGACGGAGGCAGCACAUCAACAUGGGAGUGGAAAUAGAAAGCAUCACUCCUGGUGACGGAAGGACUUUCCCCAAAAAGGGGCAGACUUGCGUGGUGCAUUAUGUCGGUUCUUUGACUAACGGCCGCAAGUUUGACUCGUCUCGAGACAGAGACAAACCCUUCAGGUUCAAGAUUGGCAAACAGGAAGUGAUCCGAGGCUGGGAGGAAGGUGUGGUGCAGAUGAGCGUAGGCCAAAGAGCCAAACUGACGUGUUCUCCGGACUACGCGUACGGGAACAAAGGCCACCCGGGCAUCAUCCCCCCCAACGCCACCCUCGUUUUUGACGUGGAGCUGCUGGCUCUGGAAUGAUUUUCUGCUGCUGACUGGAAAAGAAGAAGAAGCAAGUCCUUGUCACAAAAUUGAUACAACAAAUUUUAUUACAACUCCAGUCUUCAAAUGAAAGUGCAUGCGGUAAAGUACACGUGCAUUACUACGAAUAUUACUACGAUUAUUACUUUUACUGCAAACAUACUUAUACAAGCACACAAGAGUUCAAUACAUUUAGCAUUGGAAGUACUACUGUACGGCAUGUACAGUAAAGUAUGUGUGUACUACACAAAUACUUUACUCUAUAUUGUGUACACUUUCUAUUUAGUGCCAGUACACGAAUGCCGUGUGUUCGAGUCCUGCUACUGAAAACUUCCAUUAUGUCCGCGUAAAACGUUGCCUUAUUUUGCCCUUUUUAAAUGAUUUUCUCUCGCUUUCUUACAAGUUAAUCCAAAAAACCCCACAAAACUAUCAACAAUCAAAUGUGUAUUUUUCUUACGGCAGUAUUACAAAAGUACAUGUAAAUCAUUGACAAUGUCUGAUAUACGACAGUACCUAUGUAGUUGUGUGUGUAUGCAGGAUAAAGCAAUGAUGGCAUUUCCUAAAAAACAAUAAAAACAUUCAAUUGUCUUAAAUGCCCGGUGGCCAUUAAAAAAAAAAAAAAAAAGAUCUCAAUGAAAAUUCUGUUAGAAAAAAAAAAGAUGCUGGGUCAUGUCCAUUCAACACAGCAUAUAUUUAUUUAUGUCUAAAAGGAAAUGUUCUCACAUGGAAAAACAAUCACCUUUACGUAACUAUACUGUAGUAGUCAAUAUAAUAUCAAACAUGUGGAAAUAUUCAAAUAAAUUAAGUGAUGUCCACCUGUACAUCCUUCUUGUUUAAUAUUGUAUUACUUUUAAACAGUUAAAACGUUAUUUGAUGUUCUUUUACAUUUUUAAACAUAAUUGAACACCUUUUUACUUUUACAUUUUUCAAAUUCAUUUUCCUACAAACAUUUCCCAACAUUGUUUUAUACUUUCCAACAGUCUUGAACAUUUCCUAACAGUCUUUAAUAUUUUCUGUCAUUUCAAAAAUAUAUAUACAGGUAAAAGCCAGUAAAUUAGAAUAUUUUUAAAAACUUGAUUUAUUUCAGUAAUUGCAUUCAAAAGGUGUAACUUGUACA